AGUCCUCGCGUCGCCGGUGAAGAUGGAUUUCCUAGGCGGAGUCAUGCAACGCAAAAGCAUAACGCUGAUCGUAUUCCUGGAGUAUAUUAUUACUGGUCCGCUUGGAGCAGAUUCUGUGAAGCUACGAGCCUUCCGCUGUGAUCGGCACUCCUGCAACCCUGCUGUCGGGAAUCUAGCAACAGGCAGAACACCAGUCACCCUGACCAGUUGUGGGCAGAACAGCACAGAGCUUUACUGCUUUUACCCAGACCACAGCCUCCUCCACCGUGCCUCCCAAGGCUGUGGGCAGCCCCGGUGCACCAAGUGCAAUGCCAACCAGCCGGAUAACUCUCAUCUCCCGUAUGAUAUGACCGAUGACUUCUUUCUGAACCCUGGCUCCUGGUGGCAAUCCGCACAAGGGGUACACAGGGAAGAGAUCCGGCUGGACUUGGAGACGGAGUUCUACCUGACGCAUGUCAUUGUAGUGUUCAGAUCACCUCGCCCAGCAGCCAUGGUGUUGGAGAGGUCCCAGGACUAUGGGCAGACAUGGAGGCCUUACAAAUAUUUUGCUGUCAACUGUACAGCCACUUUUGGGCUUCCAGACGAUACUCUUGAGGAAGGAUCUCUGUGUACUUCCAGGUAUUCCAAUGCGGUACCUUGUACCAGAGGGGAGGUGAUCUUCCGUGCCUUAACUCCUGCUAACAAGAUUGAAGAUCCAUACAGUCCUGAAGCCCAAGACCUUCUGAAACUCACCAAUCUACGGCUGUUGUUAUUAAAGAGGCAAGAGUGUCCCUGUCAAGGCUCAGGGCUGCUGCAGAAACCCCACAGAUUUGCCCAUUAUGCCAUCUAUGACUUAAUAGUCCGUGGCAGCUGCUUUUGUAAUGGCCACGCAGAAGAAUGCCAGCUUGCAAAUGGGACAGGUGUUGUGGACAAUGUGGUCCAUGGGAAGUGUGUAUGCAGACACAACACUGCAGGACACCAUUGUGAGAGGUGUGCACCAUUAUACAAUGACCGGCCAUGGGAGCCAGGUGAUGGAAAAACAGGGGCACCGAAUGAAUGCAGAAAAUGCCGCUGCCACAAUCAUGCAGAGAGCUGCCAUUUUAACCUGAGCGUCUGGCUGGCAUCGGGAAAGCAGAGUGGAGGGGUCUGUGACAACUGCAGGCACAACACCGAGGGCUACCGGUGUCAAAGGUGCAAGCCGGGUUUUUACCGAGACAGAGGAAAACCCGUGUCAUCCCCAGAGAUUUGCAAACCCUGCUCCUGCCAGCCCGUGGGCUCCGUGAACUCAGCAUUCAACCAGAGCUGGAGGUGCCAUCCCAAGACAGGAUUCUGCUACUGCAAGCCAGGCGUUGCAGGCCCAAAAUGCGACAGGUGCCUCUUGGGAUACUGGGGCUUUGGCGAAAAUGGCUGCCAACCUUGUGACUGUGCCAGAGACUGUGACAAACAGACUGGACAAUGUCUUAACAGUUAUGACAAUCAGGCAUUUUUCAAUAUUCCCAUUGGUGGAAGAAUCCCUGACCUCAUUCAAACACCAGCCAAUGAAAGUGAAGAUGAGUGGCAAUGGAAUGAUCAUGAGCAGGGAUUUUCUGCAUUAAGACAUCCAGAAAAGUGUAUAUGCAAAGAGAAGAUACUAGGAAGCAUCAGCAAUUUUUGCCAGAUGAAAUAUGCUUAUGUGAUAAAAGCAAAGAUCCUCUCUGCUCAUGACAAAGGAACCCAUGCAGAAGUCAUUGUGAAAGUAAAGAAAGUUCUGAAAUCUGGAAAAGUGAAAAUCGCCAGGAAUAACAGGAGCAUCUAUCCAGAGUCUUGGACCAACAGGGGAUGCACAUGCCCUAUUCUUAAUCCUGGUAUAGACUACCUGAUAGCAGGACAGGAAGAUACACGAACCAACAAACUCCUGGUGAAUAUGAACAGCUUGGUGAAGCCCUGGAAAGCUCACUGGGGGAAACUCAUAGCAGACAUGCUUCGAACUGGAUGCAAAUAGUAUCUUUGUUCAGAAUGAAAGCCAUGAACUUUACAGCUGUUAGUCAUAUUGCAGUGAAAGGCCUAGUAAGUUCUUUUAUUGUUGAUCAGAAUGUGCCUACGGGGAAUUUAAAAGCAGACUCAUUUCCCCCACCCCGCUGCCAUUAUGUGUUUUCGGCAGGAAUCUUGUGCCAUGACUCCUUUCUUCCGAGACAACUAUCUCUCCCCACUCCCGCCAAUACACACACGCACCCAAAACCUCAAGUAUGUAGCUAACUUUAUACACUUAGGACUCACAGCUCAGCUUCUACAGCUCAUCACCUUGGUUAUCCAGAGCUUUGACACGCACGCCGCCAUGACCAGUACCAAAACUAUAAGCUACUUUAUAAUGCUGAGGUUUCCGUGAACCAAUCUGGUACUACUAACACAUAGACAUGUUAACUGAUGCACUAAAGCAUUUGUUUCUGAAGGACUGAUUUCUUGAAAUACCUGCAAAAGACGGGCGUCAGCUUUGCUGAGCGUGGGUGCUUUGAAAUACACAGUGGUUGAUGUGUCACAGGGCUCCUGCCUACUUUGAUAACUCUUUUGCUCUUGUGAAGCUCAGUACACAAGCUACAAUUCACAUUUUAUAUACAGCCUUUUGGGUUCCUAGAGUGUUCGUGUGCCUUACUGGCAAUUGCACUGGAACUAAAGAUUCUGUAGACUGGUGCUGUGUGUGUGUGUGUGUGUGUACUUGCCAGAGAAGCAAACAGGCAGAGCCUGUGAGAGGGUGGGAGAUGCUGAUCGCAUUCCUGGGACAUGGAUGAGAUCAGAUCCUGCAGGCGGGAGUCUCCAUGGACAUCCACUUUGCUGUUCCGUACAUAUGGGGAAUGGAGGUAGGCGAGGACCUUGAAACUACAGAUGUUUGCACAUGGGGUCAAGCAGUUUGAUCAGCGUUCGCCUGCUAGAGUGCUCUGUGCUCUCAAGGCCCAUGCCAGCUUCACAAUGGUUCCAGCAUUAAAGCUGAAUCCACCCACUCUUGUAAGCGGUCACCUCCCAUCAGAAACCUCCCAUGCAUUUCAGGAGGGAUUCUGUGGCUUUGAAGGACUUUUGGAGCCCUUAAGUUUCCUUUGUAAGGGAACUAUUCAGGUCUGCAGUUCUGUGCACAAGUGGACAACAAAGGAGAUACCAAAAGUUGGAGACAUUUGGGUUUGGGGGACUCAGAGAAAGCUGCUGUGAUGAAACGUACCAAACUCAUUUAAAGGAAAAGUGGCCUCUGCAGCCAGCCACUUGUUUACUCUGGCCUAUUCUUUCCAAGACAAUAUUUUUUCAGUCUGUUUUCUAAUAUUACAUGUAGAAAUAGUCAUAUUGCCGCUGUCUAGCCCCCUGCCAUUAGUGGCCUGCUUCCUCACUGCAACUGUGUGCGGCCUGCAGUGUGGGGCUUCUCGGAGAACACUCUUCUCAAGCAGAAAACAAGGGCGGGCAGCUGUUGUGGCUGGUAUUUAAGCCUGGUUGCUGAGGAGGCCCUGCCCAGAGAGGAGGCCACAAAGAUGUUUGAAGUGUUGGCCUUAACAAAGCGCAAUGGCUUGUCCUAUUUGAUUCCUGCCGUACACGGCAGUACAGGAGAAUAGGCAAUCAGUAUCCACAUGGUCUGCCCCUCGCCCUGGCUGAGAGGCCAGCAGGCAGCACGCAACUUCCUGGCCUGUGAAAAGCACACACCAACCCAUACUGCAGAAAUGUUAGGGAAGUCCCUGGCCCCCUAGCAGCUACUUGUCCUUCAUCAGUGGUAGGUGCUGUGCAGAGUAUAACUAUGGUCAAUCCAGUUUCGGUAGAAAGACACCAAGUGGCCUUCCCCAGGAGUUUUUCAGAUUCUCUAGCUGGCUGUCAACCAUGUUGGUUCAUUGAGAGAAACACAAGAUGUGUGUGAAUGAGUAUACCAGAUCUCCACUCCAUGCCAUGAACUUGGUAUUUCCCCUCCUGUUGCAAUGCAGCUGGCAGUCAUACUAGCCUAUAAAUUAAACAGCGAUGCACUGGUCUGUCCUUCCCUUUCCUCCAUGUCCACCUUUUAAUUAAAUCAUUGUAUGCAUAUGUAUUUCUUUAACGAGAGCAUGUUUUAUCCCAUUGAAAAAUUGUUCUGGCCAAUUGGUAUUGUGUACAGCCAGUGUCUAUUGCAAAUUUGUGCAGUCCAGGGGCACCAACAGACUAUUGCAAACACACGAAACAUUUGCCUGAACUGUCUUGCAGAGAACUUGAUCAGUCUGCACAAAAGAUGGUGAGUGUAUCCCACAAAGGCUUGGCUUAAAGCAGUGUUCAUAGCAGAACCCCACCCAGUACAGUUCCAUGUCCUUCAGGAAAUGCAAGACUUCAUAACUUGUCUUGAAUGUUAAGUGAGAACGCCAGUCUCGUAAAAUAGUAGAAACAUAGCAAGGAAAACAUUGACAUUCUGUAGCUUUCACCAUGAUGUAAUAGAUAUUAACCGAACUGACCUAUGUAGAAGGCUCCUAUUCUAUGUAAGGCAUCCAUUCAAGAUACGUAUUUUCAUUAUUUGAUUGAGGGAUACAAUAUGCAGUGUAUGCAUAUUAUUCUAUGGAUUUUGUUUUGAAGGCCACUGAAUUGUUGCAAACAAUCUAACCUCCCUUAAAAGUAUGGCAAAAGGUUUAGCUCUAGCUUAGGGGAGCAAAGUGUCCGAUGCCAGAAACGCAACUCACUCCUCAUGCUUAACCACAGGUCAAGGCUUAGUACAUAUUAUUGGUCUUUUCUUUUAUUUGGAAUCUGGUAUGUACUAGGUACUCAAUAAGAAAACAUUUCUUCCAACAGCACAAGUUUUCAUUAAAAUGCUGAAGUCAAUCUGGAUACAUUAUCGUAGAUGCUAUAUUCCUAUUAUAUUGUCAGCCAAAGACCUGGACUGGCUUAAUUUUUUGGUUGAACCUGAGGCAUGUCUUCUAUAUAAAUACCUUUGUCAUGAGAUGUGCUUUUGUUCCCCCAAGUCUGUGGGUGCAAAUAAGUGAACGGGCACUUGGAGCUACCUUGGUUCAUACUUGCAAGAUUUACAGGAAGACAAAAGGGGGUUAUCAUCAGGACAGAGGAAAAGGCUGGGCAGAGGAACGGUGCUGGGCAGGUGAAGAAACAGGAGCAUCUGUGCUGCACAGAGGCAAGACCUGGCAAACGAUCCUGUUACGCAGCUCACUCAUGAACGCCAUGCGUCACACUUUUGUGCUUCCACUUUAUUUUAUUUUAAUAUAUAUUGUUCCAAAUGCUUUUCAGUGAGAAUGUCUCUAAUUCCGUUCACACAGCAAACAAUGGGGAACGCAAAGCACAAAGGCUGAAUGUGUGACCAGUUGCCCUGCACUACUGCUGCCCACCUCGUGCUGAAGAGAAGUCCUGCAAACGCGGAGGCUGGGCUGGAGCCAAGUUAACAGCUCAGCCCGCUUCAUGGGCCUGGACUUUCACUUGCACAUCGGGACUGCCCACCCUCAUCUCUCCCUGCUUGCCCCUCCCUCAUCUGCUCUGGAGGCUUUUGCAACCCUCCGGAGCAGUUUGAAGGGCACAUGGGGAGCUGCUGGUGGUAAACACGGUUGCUUAAAGCACUAACAGUGCAACCCUGUGUGCAUUCACCCAGAAUAAGCCCCGUUUAGUUCAGUAGGAGUACCUCCAAGGUAUGUAUUCGAUGGCACCAAAAGUGUGUUGACUUCAAUUCCUGUUGAUUUCAGUAGGAUUUACAAGAACCAUUGUCUCAGCAGGACCUGAAUUCAACUCACUUAGUCCGGAUCCAACCCAUUGUAUCUUGAACCCCUUCUCACAUAUGCUGAUACAUUUCAGAUGGGAGUUAAUAUAUUCAAAUACUGGGCAGUGAUGCCCUUUAGGCAUUGCAAGAGUAAUGAAGUUAUUUUUCUAUGGGUUCACCCUACAGUAUUCUUGUAAUAUUUAAAAGGCCAGCAGGAAUGUUGUGGGAUGAUCCUGUAUAGAAGCAAAUCCUACUGUAAUCCUGUAAAGGGCAUAUCUGUAUCCCAGUGCUGUAAGAGUGGCUAUAUACUGUAAAAUAAAACUUUAAAUUAUUAAAGGCAUAAAGGGGGACACACACACCUGCCACCUGCCCUUAAAACACAAGACACUGAACUUCAUAGUUAGCAAGCUGAGUUUUCCUUUGAGAAAUGACAGGUCAAGUAAACCUUAUUCUUCACAAGUGCCUUGAAUUUUGUCUGAUUGCUUGAGACUCUGUCCCUUUGGGCAACAGCUUAGGCGCCAAGGUUUUAUCACUUCAGCAUUUUUGGCAUCGACUUUGUUGACUGCUCUGUGUGCAGACAGAGGCCUUUUUCAUGCUCUUUUCUGUUACAGUCGAACGUGCUCUCAAAAUGCUCGCAAUCCAUCCCUAGCACUGAACUGAUGACAGAGAGUG